CUCGUGCUCGAAUUCUAUAUAAAGGGCACAUGCCACCCUUGAUUUGCACACCACCCAGAUAUCAGUUACCGUUGUUAACAACCAUGGCACCUCAAAGCUAUGUGUUGUGCAUUCUCAUUCUUGGCUUGGUAGCCAGUACUAUUGUAGCCUCUACUACACCUAGCCAUGAUAUUCAUUCUUUUAAUCGUCAUAGUUUUCCACCAGGUUUCAUUUUUGGGACAGCAUCAGCAGCUUACCAGUACGAAGGUGCAGCUUUCCAAGAUGGCAAAGGACUAAGCAUAUGGGAUACAUUUACGCAUAAAUUUCCUGAAAAAAUAGCUGAUCGUAGCAAUGGAGACGUGGCUGUUGAUCAAUAUCAUCGUUACAAGGAAGAUGUUAAGAUCAUGAAAGACAUGGGCUUAGACUCCUACAGAUUUUCAAUCUCAUGGCCUAGAAUAUUGCCAAAAGGAAAGAUGAGUGGGGGAGUGAAUAAAGCAGGAAUCGAAUACUACAACAACCUCAUUAAUGAGCUCGUAGCAAAUGGCUUGAAACCGGUGGUGACUCUUUUCCAUUGGGACACUCCUCAAGCCUUAGAUUCUGAGUAUGGGAGUUCUCUAAGUACUAGGAUUGUGAAAGACUUCGAGGACUUUGUAGAUGUUUGCUUUAGAGAAUUUGGAGAUAGAGUUAAGCACUGGAUCACAUUGAAUGAACCAAAUAUCUUUACUUCGGGAGGCUAUGCUUCUGGUAGUACUGCACCAAAUAGAUGUUCAGCUUGGCAGAAUUUAAAUUGUACUGGUGGAGAUUCAUCAACAGAACCAUAUGUGGUAGGACACAAUCUGAUUAAAUCUCAUGCUGCUGCUGUAAGAUUAUACAAGGCAAAAUACCAGGCAACUCAAAAGGGCAUAAUAGGGAUCACAGUAGCAUCCCACUGGUUUUUGCCGUACUCUAAUUCUACACAGGACAAAGCUGCUGCACAACGGUCCCUGGAUUUCUUGUAUGGAUGGUACAUGGAUCCAGUAAUUUUCGGUGAUUAUCCAAGUUCAAUGAGGUCUCUUGUAGGGAAAAGAUUACCCAAAUUCACCAAGGAGGAAUCUGCAUUUAUAAAGGGAUCAUUUGAUUUUAUUGGGUUGAAUUACUACACUGCUUUCUAUGCGGAAAAUUUGCCUAGAUCAAAUAUUUCACACCCAAGCUACUUGACGGAUAGUCUUGCCACGACUAGGAGUGAUCGUAAUGGUGUUCUUAUUGGUCCACAGGCAGGAUCAACUUGGCUCCAUGUUUAUCCUAAAGGAAUUCGUAAACUUUUGCUCUACACCAAGAGGAAAUACAAUGAUCCAGUUAUUUACAUCACUGAGAAUGGCAUAAGUGAGGUAAAUAAUGAAGGCAAAUUAACGCUUACGCAACAACUAAAUGACACCAUAAGGAUCGAUUACUACCGUAGCCAUCUCUCUUUCUUGAGAUUAGCAAUAGCUGAGGGUGUCAAGGUGAAGGGAUACUUCGCGUGGUCAUUUUUGGAUGACUUCGAAUGGGGUUCAGGUUACACCGUAAGAUUUGGUAUCAUCUACAUUGAUCAUAAAAAUGGAAUGAAGAGAAUCCCAAAACUCUCAGCUCGGUGGUUCAAGAACUUCCUCAAGAAAAAGAAGGCAUGAUCACUUGUUCUUUACAAGAAUGAGCAAUAAAAUUUCUCGCUGGUUUAAGAAGCUUGUGUGCUUAUUUUUUCCUUUAAUUUAUUUUCCAAGAAUACGUUUUGUAGGCAGAGAGGUCUUUAGCUAUUCGCUGUAUUGUUAUCUCUGCUACAUCCUAUGACUACAUAAUUCGAAUAAUUAGCUUAAUAGUUUUUCUUCAAUAAAAAAUUGAUGUUA